ACGGUUGUUGACUGGUUCGCAUUACCGUAGAGAACCAGUUUAUCAAUAUGGAGUAUCGUGGAAGAGGUAGAUUCCCUGGACAUGCAGCGAGAUUUCAGUACCCUCGCCCAGGCGGCCCUGCCCUCCUUCGACCAAGAGCCCCUGCAGUGCGUCCGUCCAGAGGGCUAUUAGCUGCGCCCCCAAGACCUAGUUUUGAAGCAUCGAGGGCUCCAAGACCACGACAGUUUAUUCCCAGAGGUGCAUUCAAUACACCAUUCAGGGGUUUUAAAGCUACCCCAAUGAUUCCCCGCAGCGAGGUUGAAACACCUCCUACAGAUGUAAAAGGUGUGUCAGAUGGACAAAACAAUAAUUCAGGGCAAAUUAAAAGCAAGGACACAAGUUCUGAAAAACAGAUAAACAAGCCGUUUUCAACUUUAAGUUCUGAUAAAAAGGUUAUAAACAAGUCAGAUUCCAAUUCCAGUUCUCAGAAACCACUGAUUAAAAAUCCUGAUUCAAAUUCAGGUUCUGAUAAACAAUUGAUCACCAAGCCAAGUUUCAAUCCUAGUUCAUUUUAUGAAGAUAUAUCCAAUCAGGACUCCAACAUUAAUGAAUCAUCCAAUCAGGACUCCUUUUCUGAACAAACAACCAAUCAGAAUGAUUUUGACUUCCCAACGGAGUCAGCCAAUCAGAAUCCAUACUAUGAUGAAUCAGCCAAUCAGGAGCCAUUUUCUAAAGAUGUAGAAGAGUCUCACCAGCAGUCAACUCAAGAGACCUUCCAUAGUCAAGAACAUGGUGUAGAAGAUGAAAAUUAUGGAGGAAAUGAUUCAGGAGGAUGGGGAGGUCAGGGGAUGGAAGAAGGUGGAGGAGAGGAAGAAGAUACAGGCUUUUGUCAUUAUUGUAAAAUGCCAUUUGAAAGUGAUGAGGCAUACUGGAAACACACAAGAGGCUUACUCCACACUCAGAAAGUAAUGGAGGCAGAAAAAGACAACAAUACAAGUCAAACAAUGGAUGAAGAAAAAGAUGAGGCAGUGACAUUUUCACCUGCAUCAACUACCAAAAUGGAAAAUUUGGCCUCAGAGAGGGACAUGGAGUAUUUGCGUCAGGUUGGAUUCAAUCCCAAACGAGGCAUAGGGAGGGGAAUUAAUCUAGGGGGGUACCAGUCACCGGCCAAGAGGGGUAAUUUUGAUCAAGGUCAUGGCAGAGGUCAUUUUGAUCAAGGUCAUGGCAGAGGUCAUUUUGAUCAAGGUCAUGGCAGAGGACACAGUCAAGGGCAGAAUUUCAGAGGUUCAUUUGGACAAGGGAGAGGCCAAGGUCACAAUAGGUAUGGUAUAAAUUUCAGCGAUGCAAACGCAAUAGAACUGGGCCAGAGAGGCAGACAGGAACAGGAAGUGGAGGGGUAUUCUGGGUACAAUGAGAGAGGAGGUAACUUCCAGGAUUACGGCCGCCGGGAGGAAAACUACGGUCAGGGCAGGGCCUAUGACGACAGCAACAUGGAGGGAGGGGAAGGUCAGGAUGACUACAACUUUUACACAAGUAACUGGAUGGAGCCCCCCGAGAAAAUUCCAGCAAGCGAGAGGGACAUUGACCCAGAUACACUUGGAAAGCCUCAAUUCCCGAGUGACUUUUACUGCAAGGUCUGCGAUGUUAACUGCACGAGUCAGAAGAACUUUGAAAUGCAUGUUGAAGGAACCAAGCAUAGAAUGAAAUUUUUUCUCGGAAAAGGGGAUCCAGGAGCAGAGUUUAAGGAGGACAAGAAAAAAAUGGUAGUCUGUUCUCAACCCUCCAGAGUAGAGCACGUCAUCAGGAAGUCAGACCUCCCAAUCAUUGGUUUGCAAUAUUUCACUGAGUUCCAGAAAUCUGACCCAUCUAUUCGGCCGACAUACGUCUGUAACUUGUGUGAAUCCAAGUGUGACAUGAAUACGGUCCUGUCGCAUGCCACCGGCUUCAAACACAGAAUGAAUUACUUUAAAGAAAACCAUCCAGACAUUUAUAGCCAUAUGAACUCCAAUACGAGCAGGAAAAAGUCUGAGCAAAAUGCAUCUGCAGAGGAAUUUGCUCUUGACUGCAUGAAGCGUGACGGUCAGGGCAAAAUCAAGGUCAAGCUGGAGAUCGAUCAUGCGACAGAGACAAUAGCGGCAAAUCUGCUGAGUAAAUCCGGAAUCACAGUGGACACGUUUCUGGAAGAUCUUAAAAACAAACCAGGGCCACCAGUACAAGAGAAGAAAAAACAGAGAAUUACUCCAGAUAUCCUGGCUAAGCAAGAGAGUUAUGGUGGUGGCAGAGAUAGAGGCAACAACAAGAGGGCUUCAGAGAGUCCCUAUGACUUCCCUUCAAAGCAGCCCAGGGGCCACAGAGAUAACUAUGGCAGUGUGGAUGAUUACAACAACCAGUCAGUGUUUGACUACAGCCACAAUGGCAACCAAAGAGGUUAUUCUGGUGGGGAGAACCAAUUCACCUCAUAUAACCAGGGUCGUCAUGGAGACCAUAGGGGUCCCCAAAGGGUGCCCCCGACCCCAGGGAACAACACAGACGACGAAGACAAAGAGUUGUUCAAGGAAUUCCUUGAGUGGAAGAGGCAAAAGAAAAUGGGGAAGAAUAAUCAAAGCAAUGUUCAAGCUGAGACAUCACAGAAUGCUCCUCCCAUCCAAACAGAGAAGAAAGCCCCAGAGGAAGUUCCCACUCCAGAGGCAUCCUCAAACUCAGCAGCUGAUAUGAUGUUUGCUUUGUCUCAAACUAUGAUCAAGACAGAAGAAGAUGCAGCCAUGGCCCUUCAGGUCUCUAAUGCACUGACCCAGGCUCUCCUACAGUACAGACUCAAAAACGUUCCCAAAGAGCUAACAGCUGCUCUGUCCACCGCUGCUGGACAGACCAGUUCAGUACAAACCAGGACCAAGGAGUCCAAGCCAGGCUCCUCCAAGGGUGCCAGGAAAACUCCCAGCACACAGAGUGUUCAGAAAACAGCCCCAACUCCCAUCCCUGCCCCUGCCUCAGUGCCCUAUGCCCAGGGGAUUUCUUCAACAAGCCCACAGUUAAGCAAACCCAUCACACACAGCACCACAGAGUCAAGUCUGGAUUCACGACUGCAAUAUAUGAAUCCGAUAAAUCCGAGUUUUCCGAACAAUCCGAAUCCGGUUGCAGCUCCUCAGUUUCCUGGCUCGGUGCCAAAUACCCAGUACCCUGGUUAUACGUUCUAUGAGGGACAGUACCAACCCCAGCAGGCCCCUGAGGGGUAUCAGUGGGGCUACAGUGCUGUUAACCAGGGAGAGGUGCCACCUCCCUUGCCCCCCAGCGAAGAUCUGCCUAAACCACCCCCUGAGAAUCAAACAUACUGAUACAAAAUUGCAGAUACCAUUUUACGCAAUAGUGCUUUUACAUGUGCAUGUAUAUUGACAUGCAGAUUCCUGUGUUUCAGCAGCAAUACAUUCUCAUGGUUGGAAUCAAUACAUUCUCAUGGUUGGAAUCAGUAAUUUUUUUGACUGGUUGAUUUUAUCUUAUGCCAAUGUUUUGAUUAUCCCAAGACAAGCUUAUCUGUUGAAAAUGAAAAUUUUGUGCAAGAUUGUAUACCAGUACUUGUUUCAUUUUUAUAGGAAAUUAAAGUUUUAAAUUUGAAAGCAUGCACAUGUACUUAUAUAUUUAUAUGUUUUGAACAUUGUUGUCAUUUUGUACAUUUGCUGUACAUUUUUUCAAACUAAUCAACAACUUUUUUAUUAUGGUAGAUACUAUUUUAUUCAUACUGAAUAAAUGUUCAUAUUUUAAAUUGAAAGAAAGUUGAAUUUUCUAUGCUUAAUGUCUGUCAAGUUACAAUUUGCAAUAAAUAUAUGUUGAUACAAGUGAACUACUGAAAACUUGUAGGUGUUAAUUUAAAACUGUUUUGCAAUGUUUUUAUAUAGUUUGAAUUUCUUCAGAAAAAAUAUGUCAAAAAUAAUGUGAAAAAUUACGGUAUACAGAAUGAGGGAAUAGAAGAUUAUUAUAGAAACAAAUUUGCAAGAAUGUUUUUGAACUCUCAAAUGAUUCAUUAACACAGUAGUCCAAUUUCUUUUGAUACUUUAUUUCAACAAGUAAAUGUAUCUAGAAGAUGCCAUUCAGUGACCACAAAUACAAAAUGGUUUUCAAUUUGUGUGAUGCUGAAGUUAUUGCUAUUUUGCACAAAACAUUUGCAUGAUUUUUCACAGUUUUUUACAUAGGCUGAAAGUACACAUAACAAAAUUUCCUU